AUGAAUGGAGUCAGUGCUUCCACUUUUUAACAACAAACCCUUAGCAUUUGCUCCUUCUGUCUGUGGUUCAUGAUCUGUUUCUUUGUGUUUCCUGAUUGCUUUGAAGGAAUCUAUUCGGAGAAACCAACAGAACCUGCAGAAACAAAGAGAUGUUAUCACUUACAGGAUGAAGAAACUGGCAGCCAAGCAGGCAGAGAUAACAGUAGGUCUAUUUUUCUGUUGUGUUUUUUGAAUAAGAAACGAAAUGGAACUAAUUGUUUUCUGAUAAAUGUGAUGUAUUCUCUCUCUUUUUUGCAUUCAGCCCAAAGACUCUAACAACUGAAAAGAAGUUUGAUUACUGCACUCUAAAAAACUUAUUUUCAUUAUUUCAUAAAAUGUAUAUAUUGUUUGUACGAAUGCUUCCCAAAUAUGACUGAGGGAUUGAAUCAAAAUGUGUAAUAACUCAACAGAUCCCUGUCAGAGGAUGAAAAUUUGGCAUCCUAACUCAAUGUCAAAGAUGCCAGUGAUCUGGUGGAUGUUCACGUUAUCUCUAUCCUUACUAAAGAUGAGUUUUUGUGAGUGAACGUGUUGUUUGGUGAGAUUUCCUUUCAGAUUUUACUCCUAAUUGAUUUUAUUCUCCCACUGAUCAAUGCAGAAUUAGUAAAACCAUAGAUUAGUUGGAUAUCUAUUUCAGAGAGUAUGACCUUUCAGACUCAAGCAUAUUUGCCAUCAGUGAGUACAUGAAAGUAUGUGUGUGAAAUGAGUGAAUGUAUAAGAAAGCACUUGGACUGCUUGAAAGACAAGAAAAGUUCUACUCAAGUACAGACCAUUUACCACUUGCAGACUUUCCACUAAGAGCAUGACACUUGAGGAGAUGUCUGCUGUCUGAGGAAGGUCAGUGAGUACAUUGUGACAGAUUAAUUUUUAAAACUCUCCCGGCCUUUUCACGUCAGAAAAAGACUGAUGAGGUGAAGGAAAAAAUCCAAAAAAAGUAUGAGGACAUGAAGCGGAUUCUGGAUGAGGAUCUUCGGAUCACACUGACCCAGCUUGACAUCGAGCACGAGGCCGCAGAGAAGUUGGUGGAGGAAAGGAUAGAAGAGUGUUACCACCUUACUCAGGAACUGGACCAGCAAAUGUCAGAAACUGAUAUUCAGGUAAUUCAAUUCAAAGAGGUGAUUUCAUGCUUAGUAUGCAGCGUAAAAUCAGUUUAGUGUUAUAUUGUCUCAAAUUUAUUUUGAUGCUCUGAGGAUCUGCAAUAACGUAAUUUUUAUAUCUUCUACAGAGUGCUGACACAGAAAAAAGGUAAGUUCAUAUUUCAGGUAGUAACAGCUUUGUACCAAUCCUUUAUAUGGUAGUAUUAGAUUACUUGAUUGAAUGUUAAAUGAGUCAUUGACAUAUGAUGGUUGAUUAUUGUCACAAAUAAGGAAUUUUCGCUUGGAGAUUAAUUGGAAAACUUUAUAAAAUAUGUCCUACUUUCUCACUUUCACUUGUAUUGGAACACAGAGUAUUCAUUAAUGUGUCACAUUAGUAUUAUUUGAUGAGGACUCAUCUGGUUUUGACUGAAAUCAGAAUAUCUGAGACUCUGAGGUUGACUGACCCUGACCUGAUCCAAAUGGACGAGUUCAAGAACCAACAGCUCCUCAGUCUCACCAUCAACCUGCUGCUGUUUAUCAGAUCCCAGGUCCCUGUCACCAAGAAGCUGUUUCAGAGCUGUGAGUUCACCCAAACAGACAGGUAGAUUGACAUGUGAAGGAGUUUCGCUCUGAGCUGUGUCAAAGGUUACUGUUAGCUGUUAGUGAUGAGUGUCUGUCUUUCAACUAGGACUCUAAAUUUUAGGAUGUUUCUCUCACAGAUGCCGCAGAUGUUGUCCUUGACACUGACACGGCGCACCCAAAGCUUAUAAUUUCCCCUGCAGGUGACUCAGUCACAUAUACAGACACCUGGCAGGAUGUCCCAGAGACUGAAUGUCGUUUUGACACCACCCUAAAUGUAGUCAGCCAGCAAGGCUUCAGCGAGGGCCGCCAGUACUGGGAGGUGGAGGUGAGUGGGAAGACAUACUGGGAACUGGGGCUCACCUACCCAAGUAUCCCUCGCAAAGGCCGUGAGGAGGACUCCUGGCUAGGCCGGGGCAAAGACUCCUGGUGUGUGGAAUAUUUUAACGGAGACUACACAGCCUGGCAUGGAGGGGUUCCACAUGAGCUGACUCUGCUGGCGGGGAGAAAGUUCACCCGCAUAGGGGUGUACUGCAGCUUCCCUGGGGGUAUGGUGUGUUUUCUCGGAGCAGACACCAUGACACCUCUCCACUGCUUCUGUGCUGGGACAUUCACCGACACCCUGUAUCAAGCUUUAUGUCCUGGCCAUGACAAUGAAGGCACAAACUGGAAAUCCCUCAAGAUUUGUGAUGCAUCUCGAUCGGCUCCUGUUCUCUGA